AGAACUAACCUUCUUAUUCUCAUUUCAGGAACUGGUUCUUCCUCAAUCUAUUUUUCGGGUUAGAUUUGUGGUUGAUUUUCAGUUUCUUCUUUCACUCUCUAAAUAUUCUUCUUCUUCAACAGAAAAUCCGCUCUUCUCUCUUUCCUUUUCAUUUUCAUCUCGUCUCUCGAAAGCUCCGCCAUAAAGAGAAACUCUCGAGCUUAGAUAUGGGUCACCGAACAAAGUCAACACGAGUAGAGUGGAAAAUAAUGGAAAGCAGGUCAGAUGGACAAAGGAUAUGGAUCGUAUUCUUAUCGAUACAUUGGAAGAACAAAUUGCCGCGGGAAACAAAGCUGACAACGGUUGGAAAUCAGUAUCCUCUCAGCAAGUUCGAACAAAUAUAAAAUGUAAAUUAGACAUGGAAAUCAAUAUUGAUAAUGUGAAAAAUCGUUUGAAAACAUGGAAGGAAAGUUACACUGCCAUGAGUUAUCUUCUCAAUAAAAGUGGGUUUGGUAGGAUUCUAACAAAUAAUACGCUUACAGCUCCCGACUCAGUUCGGAAGGAUUUCCUUAAGGAUAACCCACAGUACAGUAAAUACCGCGACAAGUCCUUGGAUACUUUUGAUGAGAUUGAAACUAUCAUUGGCAAUGAUCAAGCAACUGGUAGUGAAGCACAAACAGCUGCACUCGCGGAAAGUAAUCUCAGAGAUGAUGAUACCAUGCCUAACUUACCCAUCAUUGUCUAUGAUGAAACAACAAGUCAUGCUAACAACGGUGAAGGAACCAGUCAUGCCAACAAUAGUGAAGGAACCAGUCAUGCUAACAAUAGUGAAGGAACUGGAAGUGAACCCAGUUCAAGGUCUAAUGCAACCCCAUGUACUACAAAAGAUAAUGUGAAUACGAGGAAAAGGAAGAAUCGAGAGGAUGCCGCAUGCAAAAAGGAAUCAAUGAGCCAAAUGGCAUAAGGCAUUACUAGCAUUGCAAAUCAUACGAUUCAACGGGAUAUGAAGCCUGACGUUGACGUUUUAUUGAAGUCAUUAAGAGAACUUCCUCAUAUAAGCUCUGUCAUGCGUGUGAAACUUGUGGAGUAUCUGGUGAAUGACGCUACAAAAAACUAAGAUGUUUUUCAAGAUGAACGAGACCGAGCAGUUGGAUUGGUGUAGCAUUCGUUUCCCUGCACCGUUUCCCUGCACCGGUGGAUGGAUAAAAUCUGGAUUUAAGCGUCUUUAUGGAGAUUGGUCUGGAUUCAACCAAUGUUUUUGGAUGGUGCGGUAUAUCACUUUUUUGGAUGGUGUGGUGUAUCAAUUUUUUGGAUGUGCGGUACAUCACUUUUUUGGAUGUGCGGUAUAUAACUUCAAGGUACCAAAUCUUCUUAACUUCAUUGAAUCUAAUUUUGGUUUAGGAAAUAAUUAAUGACUAUGCUGCAAAUUAAGUAAUCGUAUUUUUUGAAUGGUCAUAGUUAAUGAUUCAUUUGUGUUACAUUUACUAAAUAUAUUGUAGUACUGUUGGUGACUUGUGUAUAACCUUAUGCGUCGACUUUUGGAGAUGGAAUUAUUAGCUCUGAAAUUCUAAUAUAGGUACUAAUUUUUUCCCAUACUUGUUAUAUGCAUUACAUUUUAAGUACUAGUCCUAGUGUCUGGUUGUGAUCAGCUGAUUCAAUAAGAAGCCAUCGUCUGAAUUUAUGAGUACACAUCCAUGUUAAUGAGUAUGUGUGUAUGAACUUUUAUUGGCUUGCUGAUGGAAAUUGCACCUGGUUAUAAGAAAGUUUGCAGUGAGAAUUUAGAAUAGCCUUACAAACAUGACAUGGGCAUAGCAUUUAAUGUGGUAUGUAAGUGUAGUUUUGGUGAAUAUUAUACUUUGUGAACACGAGUGCCCAUAAAUUUAUUUUAACCAGGUCUGUUUAUAUCACCGGAUCAUCUAUAAGUUCUCUCACUAUUUUACCUCUUUUGCUGGUGAAUGAUUAAAACACUUGCAGUACUGGUCAUGGCACAAGAGCAUAAUUUUCAAGUUCUCGACGGUGGUAUUCGAGUAGAUUCUUAUAUCGUAACUGUAUGUUUGCGCUUAUUGUGUCUAUUUGUAAUGUAGAGCUUGCAUAUCAUGUGGUGAAUGCCUACCAAUGUAUAUGCAGACUUGUGUUGAACGAAUUAUGAUGACAGUCAAUAUAUUACCAAUGGAAGUAUUUAUGUA